AUGUUGUACGAGUUGAUAGGAAUAGUCCGACCCGGCAACCUCGCCGAGGUAAAAGAAAUCGUCCUCACAGCCGGCCAGCUCGUCCUGCGGCAGGGCGGCGUGAUCCGGUCCGUCGCGAACUGGGGCGUCUUUGCGCUGCCGCGCGCCAUCAGCAAGCACCAGAUGCGGCACCACAACGGGCACUACUUCGUGCUGCGCUACGACGCCAGCGUGGCGACGCAGGAGCAGGUGCGCUCGACGCUCGCGCUCGACCCGCGCGUCAUCCGCUCGGCGAGCGUCAAGCUCGGCGACAACAGGCUCGAGACGCUGAGCAAGUUUGGCCAGAUCCGCUGGGAUCGGGCGAUAUGA